ACUCUCGCGGCUAGAGGAGAAGAGCGGUAGUUGUAAUACGGGUGGAUGAGUAUCCGGACUCUUCGGAAUCCUCCGAUCCGCCGAAAAAUCGCUCUUUCCGGUGAGCCGUGAUCCUCUGAUCUGUGAACGAAUCAUCUCUGCGAAGAUCCGAAAAUUGGAAAAGUGGGAAUCAGAAAGACGUGCGCGCGAAGCAGAAUUGUCCUACUCCGACUCCCCUGGCUCCGAUCUGACGAAGUAUAGCUCGUUCUCCGAGAGUGAAUCCCCAACGGGUACACCUCAAGUGGAUUUCUUCUGUGGCAGCUGUGACGGAUCUCUGUACCAGAUGAGUUUACUCCAGGGAACCACGGGUCGUUCCCGACAGAACGCAGCCAACAAAUCGCUCAAUGCAACGAAUAUAGAGACAAAAUCACGAGGCGACCACGCCGAGAUGGCGACGCACAGUGUCAUUGAUCUACGGACCGAGCGUCAGGGUAUCGUUUUAUGGAAACGACCCCUGACGACGACUCAUUACUUCGUCGCAGAACUUGUGGGGCUUCUCGGAGAUCUCAUUGCCAAGCUUUGGCGCAAUAAAGGUCGAGUGUGUGUAGCUCUCGUAGCCUUCAUCAUGUGCGUGGUGGCGUAUCGGCUCGAAGGUGGACAUCAACAUUACAUCAAGCCCAUGGAGCGGACGUUUCUAUGGUGCAUAUACUGGGUUGGGCUGGGUGUACUCUCGUCCAUAGGAUUGGGGACAGGCCUGCAUACGUUCCUGCUGUACUUGGGUCCGCACAUAGCCGCCGUGACGUUGGCUGCAUCAACGUGUAAAAGUCUUAAUUUUCCUGAACCGCCUUAUCCGGACGAAAUCGUUUGUCCCGAGGGAGAAACCGGAGAUGUGGCGCCUGGCAUCCUAGCCAUCAUGUCUAAGGUCAGACUCGAAGCCUUCAUGUGGGGCGCGGGAACCGCCCUAGGAGAACUACCUCCUUAUUUCAUGGCACGAGCGGCUCGAAUUUCCGGUGAGAUGGACGAAGAAGAGCUCGAAAAUCUCGAGAAGAUCAAGGCUCUGGAGAAAUCCGAUCGCACCCAGCUAUCAUUAUGGGAGAGAGCCGAAGUUGCCGUGGGCAAACUCAUUGAGAAGAUCGGCUUCUGGGGCAUCUUGGCGAGCGCAUCGAUCCCCAACCCGCUGUUCGAUGUUGCUGGAUUCAUGUGUGGGCAUUUCCUAGUACCCUUUAGGACGUUCUUCGGGGCUACCCUUAUCGGCAAAGCCGUCAUCAAGAUGCACAUCCAGAAGUUGUUUGUGAUUUUUGUAUUCGAUGAAGCAACCGUCGAAAUUCUGCUCAACCUGAUCAAGGGAGUACCCGGAAUCGGACCCCGCAUAGAAGCCCCCUUCGAGGAGUUUUUGCAGAAACAAAAAGAUAAAUUCCACAGGAGGAGCGAAAGCUCUGGCGACGGCGACUCGAUGGUCUCUCAGGCCUUCGAGAAGUUCGUGCUGCUCAUGGUGUUGUAUUUCUUGGUGUCGAUCGUGAAUUCGAUGGCGCAGAACUACCAUAAGAGAAUCAACCGCAAGCACUCGGCGAACCAUGCGAAAAAAUAUUAAAGACCUACACUGUUAUUGUAUCGGCGUCUGAUGUAUGUUAUACGCAGGAGAGCAUUUGAUCGAUGAGUUGGUUGCUGCAAUCUGUAGAACUCUGUACGCCCGUCGAGACUCGGGCCCAGCGGUGCAAUUCUGAAGCCGGUUGCAUCGAAACGAGCGACCGCUUCAGCCCUGGUACUGAUUGUGAAUACACAGGCACAGAAAUGAAUUAAUUACGAUAAGUAUAGGAGAACGAAGAGGUGACAACGGACACAAACAUACCGAUAAACAAAGAGACUUUUAUCCAUCAACGUCAGGCGUAUGAAAAAGUCUGACCCGGAGUCAGAAACAAAGAGGUGAAUGUGCGGAAUGCGUGCCUGCCCGUGUGAGGUCUUUGUGGAAGCGAGGGCGUUCUCUUUUCAACUCAGUGACAUUCCUUAGAUUCUUCAGUGGGAGUUCGUCCCUCAAGCUCAAUGCUAAUAUCUUCGAUGCGAAAUCCGACUGAAAUCCGUUCCCACGGUAAUGGCCGGGGCGGAUCGAACCGUUCUGUCUAAGUAAAUGUGGAAGAUGAAUUCUGUUUUUUCUGUUCGGGCCGAUUUCUAGUGAUCAC